GUUCUCCAAGAACCUCAGCGGUUAUAAAACCAUGCUGAGGGGGAUGCUUGGUGACAAUGAGACUUGGGAAGAGAUCCAGCGCCACUUCCCGCGGAUGACGCUGGAGCAGUAUAAUAAAUUCUUGGAAAACGAGGAGCUCGAGUACACCAAAAGACAAUCGACCUGGGGGAAGGAGCUGGCGGAUAAGAACAUCGGUCACCACAAUCUCGGUUGCCGUGGCUUCGAAGGCAAGCAGCCGGUAUGGGACAAGGAGGACCAGGCCUACAUAAAUGCUGGCCUCGAGCCCCCUUUUGCCAAGUACAAAGACCCACUCUUCAGGGCAUAUCUCAGGUCCCGAUACCAUCGAGAAUUGGCUGGGAAACGUGUCACGAAACCUGAUGUGGUGGUGGGAGUUGAGUUGGUCGCCGACGCGAAGGUGAUGGCACUAGAGAAAGCAGUGUUGGCGGAACAAGCAGCCGCCGAAUCAGCUGGCUCCUCGUCCCAGACGUCGACUGGCAAAGUCCCGUGGGACACGCCUUUUAUCAGGGGUCUGAACACCGUGAAGGCGCGGCCGCUUUUGGACAAGCCCCACCGUGUCCCCGGCGCCGGAGGAGGUCGCAAGCUUGCCGACUAUGGCUUGGACGUGCCCUCAAGCACUAGGGAGUCGCGUCAGGCGCAGAAGGACCGGGAGCACGAGGCUCUUCUGAAAAAGGUGGCCGACUUGGAAACAACCAUGGAGCAACGCGUCAGUGCCGAGGUUCAGCAACGAGUCAGUGCCGAGGUUCAGCAACGCGUCAGUGCCGAGGUUGCUACCAGGGUCGAUGACGCGCUGGCCAACAGGGCAAAGGCGGAGGCCAGUGCUCCACCGGCUUAUGAUCAAUUUGAGCCCGAUAGUCAGCCCGAUAGUCCGCACGAGAGUCAGCACGAGAAGGCGUUGGACAUCGAUCAAGCUCCCAUUGAUACGUUCAUCGCCGAGCUCGACGCCGACGCGGUUUCUCCUUACAAGCCACCCGCCGUUUGA